AACUGACAUUAGAAGAAUGUUUCGAUAAAUACGAACGAGGCAUAUACCCUCAUCCAUCGGAUUGUACUAAAUUUCUGUCAUGUGCCACCACUGACCCCAUCGAUUGUCCAGCUGGUCUUCAUUUUAAUCCAACAUCUUCGGUAUGUGAUUGGCCAGCGGAUGCCGGUUGUAUGAAAGUGACCACGCCCAAUCCAGAUCAAACUCCGGAACCACCAGAAAGUACAGAAAGUCCAAAACCACCUACUCCAAAAGAUUCCACCGAUGCACCACCAUCCGAACCCAGCGAACCAAAGAACACUUCAAGUCCACCCGAGGAUGAGCAAGAUUUAAUUAAUUAA